AUGUCUCCCCAAUCCUCAACCUCCCGUCCACUCAUCUCAAACCCUGUAGUCCCAUUCUCCGAACCCGCCUAUCUCACGGGUCUUCCAUCUCCUUACUACAACGACUCCCAUUAUGCCUGGCAGGCUCACUGUCGUUCCUUCAUAUCGUCCCAGUUCGCCAAUGCCUUAUCUUGGGAAGAUGAAGGAGAUGUACCAGAAACCCUUUUUAAAACUUUUGCAGAUGCGAAUAUGAUUGUUCCUGCAUUCCCCGCUCCGUUGCCUGUUGAACAAUUGAAGGCCGCGGGAAUACACGAGUUCGCUAGUGGGUUGAAGGUUGAGGAUUUUGAUUAUUUUCAUUCAAUGAUCUAUACUGAUGAGAUGCUAAGAAUCGGUCUCUCCGGCCCAGCUGCAUCCAUCAACACAGGUGUAGCCUACGGCAUCCCUCCUCUCUACAAAUUUGGCUCCCCUGCCCUUCAACGUCGUUUCCUCCCGGACCUUUUCCACGGUCGAACUCGUUGCUGUAUUGCAAUCACCGAACCUUCCGCCGGCUCAGACGUAGCCAACAUCUCCACCACCGCCACAAAAUCGUCAUGUGGGAAAUAUUACAUCGUCACAGGACAAAAGAAAUGGAUCACAAACGGCAUCUGGUCCGAUUACGCCACCAUGGCAGUAAGAACUGGCGGACCAGGUCCUAAUGGUAUUUCACUACUCUUUGUCCCAUUGAAAGAGAAUGAAGGAAAGGGAGUUGAAAGACGAAGGAUUAAAAUCUCCGGUGGAGGUACAAGUGGAACUACAUUCAUCGAUUUGGACGAAGUUAAAGUCCCCGUUGAGAAUUUAAUAGGAAAGGAAGGGAUGGGGAUGAAAUACAUCAUGACGAACUUCAACCAUGAGCGAUUAACUAUUGCUAUUGGAGCCACCAGAUCUGCGAGGGUGGUUUUGGCGGCGGCAGCGGAGUAUGUUAUGAAGCGCGAAGCGUUCGGGAAGACGUUGGUUGAACAACCAGUUGUUAGACACCGAAUUGCGAAGUGUGCGGUUAUGUUGGAGAGUCAGUGGGCUUGGGUGGAGCAGAUUGUUUAUAUGAUGCAGAAGUUGGAGAAGAAAGUCGGAGAUGUGGAGUUGGGGGGUAUGACGGCUAUGUGUAAGGCGAAUUCGGGGAUGGUGUUGAGUGAAUGCUCGCAGUGUGCGGUGUUGUUGUUUGGAGGGAAUGGGCUAACGAGGAGUGGUUUGGGGGAGACGGUUGAGAAAAUCUUCAGGGAGGUAAAUGUGGUUAGGAUUCCAGGUGGAUCGGAGGACGUAUUGUUGGAUUUGGGAGUUAGGCAACUGGUUAAGAUCUUCCAGGCGAAGACAUUGGCGUUGGAAGCUACAAGGGGGUCGAAGUUAUAA